AUGGUACAAAAACAUGUUGUUAUGAUCGAUAAUUAUGAUUCCUUUACAUGGAAUAUCUAUGAAUACCUAUGUCAAGAAGGUGCAAAAGUUAGUGUCUAUCGUAAUGACAAAAUCACAGUAGAUGAAGUAGCCUCACUAAAUCCAGAUAUCAUUUUGAUCUCCCCAGGCCCUGGUGCCCCAGCCACAGAUUCAGGAAUCUCUAAGGAUUGUAUCAGCUAUUUCGCAGGUAAAAUCCCAGUCUUUGGUGUUUGCAUGGGUCAGCAGUGUAUGUAUGAGGUCUUUGGUGGUAAAGUAGGAUUUGCUGGUGAAAUUGUCCAUGGUAAAACAUCUCCUAUAACUCAUGACAAUAAAGGAUUUUUCAAAAAUGUCCCACAGGGAAUCCUGGUCACCAGAUAUCAUUCCUUGGCUGGGACUAAAGAUACUUUACCCGAUGUAUUGGAAGUCACCGCAAGAACCGAGAGUGGUGUGAUUAUGGGUGUUAGACACAAGAAAUUUACCGUGGAAGGUGUACAGUUCCACCCAGAAUCCAUUUUGACCGAAGAAGGCCAUCUAAUGAUUAGAAAUAUUUUAAACAUUACUGGUGGUACAUGGGAAGAAAACGCUGCUAAUCUUAAUAACACUAUAACCAACGCAACCGUUAAUGGUUCCUCAAUCUUAGAUCGUAUUUAUAAUAAAAGAAAAGAAGACAUUGAGAUACAAAUGGAUACCCCAGGCUUUACAUAUAGAGACCUAGAAGCAUCUUUCAAAUUAGGGUUGGCUCCAACUGUUCAGAAUUUUGCAGACAGGUUGAUGAAGUCAAAUAAAAGAGCUGUCGUCCUUUCUGAAAUUAAACGUGCUUCGCCAUCAAAGGGGGAUAUUAACCUUGAAGUUAUCGCUUCAGAACAAGGUUUGAAAUAUGCACAGGCUGGUGCCUCAGCUAUCUCUGUCUUGACCGAACCACAUUGGUUUAAAGGCCAUUUACAAGAUUUAAUAAAUGUGAGAAAAGUGCUGGACCUCGAGUAUAAAAACAGACCAGAAGAUAGACCAUGUGUACUAAGAAAAGAAUUCAUAUUCUCCAAGUACCAAAUCUUGGAAGCUCGAUUGGCUGGUGCAGAUACAGUAUUAUUAAUCGUUAAGAUGUUGACUCAGGAUGAAUUAAAAGACUUAUAUACUUUCGCCACCAAGGAGAUGAACAUGGAACCAUUAGUCGAAGUUAACUCUAAAGAAGAAUUAGAUCGUGCUUUGAAGAUUGGUGCUAAAGUGAUUGGUGUCAACAACAGAGACUUACAUUCCUUUAAUGUUGACUUGAAUACAACUAGCAAAUUAAUCGAUUCAACCCCAAAGGACACAAUAUUGAUUGCAUUAUCUGGUAUCUUAUCUCCUAAGGAUGCCGACCUGUAUAAAGAACAAGGUGUUCAUGGAUUCCUCGUUGGUGAAGCUUUAAUGAGAACAAAUGAUGUGAAACAAUUUAUCCAAGAUUUAUGUAAUUAA